AUGGGUGGCAGUCGGCUUUCCUUGCAGGUGGUGAUGCUGCGGUCGCUGCUGCGGGAGGCUCGAUCCUCGCAAGGCCCUGGCUCCGGCCGCACCACUGACCCCGCCUCCCUUCUGGCGCCGCCGCCCCUGCUACGAGACCUUGUGCGCCAGGAACUGCGGCUGCUGCUGCAAGGCCUCCGCCAGAAAGCCAUCUGUGAGGGCAGGGAUCAGACCCAGGCUUGGGUCCAGUAUAGCCCGAGGGUCCUGCGCUUUGCCUUGGAGGAGCCCAGGCGUGAUUUUCCAGAACAGGAGAUAUUCCAGAUGGGAGCUAGUGAGCCCAGUAGCAGUCACAGAGACCUCAGUGUCAUCAAGGACCAACUGAACAUGUCCAACAUUGACCAGGUUGCCGGACACCUGCGGGAACUCCUGGAGGACGAGUGUCGCACCUUGGAGAGGGAGAUCCCCAUCCUGCAGCGCUGCCUGGAAGAAGAGUGUACAGGGGCACGCCAGCCCUCUGAAGCAACCCUGGAGCCCACCCUGGCAGAGCUAAAGGAACAGAAGGCAGCCAUGCAACAGGAGCUGCAGGCACCUCUGAGGCCUUCCUGUGUCUCCCCGAGCCACAGGCAGCAGCCCUUGGGGUCCUCCAUCCAGGGCCUCAGACUCUUGCCUUGCCUCCAUGGAGCUGCUGGAGUUUGUGCCAGGCCUCUCCAGCACUACCUACCUGCUCCUCCUUUGGAACACAGGCCUCAAGGCCUGGCUGCCACCUGCCGCUGGGGAAGGAAGCUUCAGUGCAGGCCCAGGAAAAGGCCAGCUUCCACUUCAGUGUCCAGUGCAGUUCCCCAGGCCCCAACCUGAUGGCUGGUCACAAAGUAGGCUUUGGCUUUCACUGGAACUGGCCCCACCUGCUACUGCCACCUCUUAGUUCCCAUGGUCCAGCCUGCUUCAGAUCUAGUCUUAGAUAGGACCCCAAGGCUGUCUGUCUGUCUGACCGUCAUCCCACCCUCUUGCCAAGUCCCUGGUGUCUGGUCCUGACCAGCACAGCCUUUGGCCUUUCUCCUCCCAGGCCUCCACAAAAGCCUGAUGAGUGUAGACAGUGCAGAGGUCUCAUCCCAGCCCCAACUCUUGUCUCCCUGGGGGACUCAAACAAAGCACAGUAGCAGCUCAGAGACAGGAAUAGAAAUUUCAUUAAAAUCUAUGGACUUUAAAA